AUGCCUCUUCGUUACACCGUACUGCUCGUAGCAGUAUUAUGCAUCCCAUUGGAAGGAGGUGCAGUAAAAAAGACCACACCCAGCAAGAAACCCAAGAAGACAAAACCACCGAACCCAUUUAAGGCACGCAAGAUGAAGAAGGAGAAAGUGGCUGCCAACAGGGUUGUAGAGGAGCAGAACCGCGGAAUACAUCAGACCGGCGGCAUUGCCCAGCUUCGAUGGUGCAGCGAGAAGUGCACCUUCUUGAUAGGACAUUAUUACGGCGGCGUCUCCAUACUAGAAAUUGUUAAACACGUGAGCAAUGUGAUCACCAUGCAAUGGUUGCCUGCCACCUUCUGUGACAACUCCUCCUGCAGCUCCACCCUCAUUUCCUGCGCUUGCUACCACCACACAAUCUCCAACUACAUUGUCUCCAACUACGAACCCACCAACUACACCUCCAACUACUCCCCCGUCAACUAUGCUGUCCCCAACUACUACCCCAUCAAAUACAAGGUCUCCAACUACUACACCACCAACUGCACCAUAUCCAACGAGUACACCACCAACUACACCAUCUCUGAAUACUACACCACCAAGUACAACUACUUCCUCGCCAACUACCACCCGUCUAUUACACCAUCUCCAACUUACACCCCUCCAGCUGGCCCAACUCCAACUACUACCACACCAACUGCACCACCUCCAACUUACAACCCUCCGACUGGCCCAACUUCAACUACUUCCACACCAAUUACACCACCUCCAACUUAUACCCCUCCAUAUGGCACAACUCCAACCACACCGAUUACACCAUCUCCAACUUACACCCCUCCAGCUGGCCCAACUCCAACAACUACCACACCAACUGCACCACCUCCAACUUACACCCCUCCGACUGGCCCAACUUCAACUACUACCACACCAAUUACACCAUCUCCAACUUACACCCCUCCAGCUGGCCCAACUCCAACUACUACCACACCAACUGCACCAUCUCCAACUUACACCCCUCCAGCUGAACCAACUUCAUCUACUACCACACCAACUGCGCCACCUCCAACUUACACCCCUCCAACUGGCUCAACUUCAACUACUACCACACCAAUUACACCAUCUCCAACUUACACCCCUCCAGCUGGCCCAACUCCAACUACUACCACACCAACUGCGCCAUCUCCAACUUACACCCCUCCAGCUGAACCAACUUCAUCUACUAUGAUACCAAUUACACCACCUCCAACUUACACCCCUCCGACUGGCCCAACUUCGACUACUUCCACACCAAUUACACCACCUCCAACUUAUACCCCUCCAUAUGGCACAACUCCAAGUACUACCACACCGAUUACACCAUCUCCAACUUACACCCCUCCAGCUGGCCCAACUCCAACAACUACCACACCAACUGCACCACCUCCAACUUACACCCCUCCGACGGGCCCAACUUCAACUACUGCCACACCAAUUACACCAUCUCCAACUUACACCCCUCCAUAUGGCACAACUCCAAGUACUACCACACCGAUUACACCAUCUCCAACUUACACCCCUCCAGCUGGCCCAACUCCAACAACUACCACACCAACUGCACCACCUCCAACUUACACCCCUCCGACUGGCCCAACUUCAACUACUACCACACCAAUUACACCAUCUCCAACUUACACCCCUCCAGCUGGCACAACUCCAACUACUACCACACCAAUUACACCAUCUCCAACUUACACCCCUCCAGCUGGCCCAACUCCAACUACCACCACACCAACUGCACCAUCUCCAACUUACACCCCUCCAGCUGAACCAAUUUCAACUACUACGAUACCAAUUACACCACCUCCAACUUACACCCCUCCGACUGGCCCAACUUCGACUACUUCCACACCAAUUACACCACCUCCAACUUAUACCCCUCCAUAUGGCACAACUCCAAGUACUACCACACCGAUUACACCAUCUCCAACUUACACCCCUCCAGCUGGCCCAACUCCAACAACUACCACACCAACUGCACCACCUCCAACUUACACCCCUCCGACUGGCCCAACUUCAACUACUACCACACCAAUUACACCACCUCCAACUUACACCCCUCCAUCUGGCACAACUUCAACUACUACUGCACCAAUUACACCAUCCCCAACUUACACCCCUCCAGCUGGCCCAACUCCAACUACUACCACACCAACUGCACCAUCUCCAACUUACACCCCUCCAGCUGAACCAACUUCAACUACUACCAUACCAAUUACACUACCUCCAACUUACACCCCUCCGACUGGCCCAACUUCAACUACUACCACACCAAUUACACCAUCUCCAACUUACACCCCUCCAGCUGGCACAACUCCAACUACUACCACACCAAUUACACCAUCUCCAACUUACACCCCUCCAGCUGGCCCAACUCCAACUACUACCACACCAACUGUACCAUCUCCAACUUACACCCCUCCAGCUGAACCAACUUCAUCUACUACGAUACCAAUUACACCACCUCCAACUUACACCCCUCCAACUGGCCCAACUUCGACUACUUCCACACCAAUUACACCACCUCCAACUUAUACCCCUCCAUAUGGCACAACUCCAAGUACUACCACACCGAUUACACCAUCUCCAACUUACACCCCUCCAGCUGGCCCAACUCCAACAACUACCACACCAACUGCACCACCUCCAACUUACACCCCUCCGACUGGCCCAACUUCAACUACUACCACACCAAUUACACCACCUCCAACUUACACCCCUCCAUCUGGCACAACUUCAACUACUACUGCACCAAUUACACCAUCCCCAACUUACACCCCUCCAGCUGGCCCAGCUCCAACUACUAUCACACCAACUGCACCAUCUCCAACUUACACCCCUCCAGCUGAACCAACUUCAACUACUACCAUACCAAUUACACUACCUCCAACUUACACCCCUCCGACUGGCCCAACUUCAACUACUACCACACCAAUUACACCAUCUCCAACUUACACCCCUCCAGCUGGCACAACUCCAACUACUACCACACCAAUUACACCAUCUCCAACUUACACCCCUCCAGCUGGCCCAACUCCAACUACUACCACACCAACUGUACCAUCUCCAACUUACACCCCUCUAGCUGAACCAACUUCAUCUACUACGAUACCAAUUACACCACCUCCAACUUACACCCCUCCGACUGCCCCAACUUCAACUACUACCACACCAAUUACACCACCUCCAACUUACACCCCUCCAUAUGGCACAACUUCAACUACUACUGCACCAAUUACACCAUCCCCAACUUACACCCCUCCAGCUGGCCCAACUCCAACUACCACCACACCAAUUACCCCACCUCCAACGCACUUCCCCCUGAAGUCGGCCCAGGACGCAUACUAA